GGCUUCCCGGAGCUGGCCGCGCCGCUGCCUCCGUCGCCUGCGAGCCCUGGCGCCGCCGCGGCCGCGGCGCGAGUAGCAGAGUGAGGCGGCGGCUGCGCCCCGCACCAUGGAAGGCAGCACGGCCCCAGCCAGGGUCGUCACCAACCUCUGCCACCGCCCGCGCCGCAUCUGCCAGCUCCCAUUGCGGCUCUCUGGGCGCCGUCCCCUCCUCACCUCUAAGGCAACAUGAAGGACACCCGGGGCGACGGCGGGGGCAACCCCUUCUGCGUCCGCCUCAACUACUCCUACCCGGGCAUGUGGGCGCCCGAGCGGUCCGCGGAGGCUGGGGGCAACCUCACGCGCCCUCCAGGGCUGGGCGAGGAUUGCGGGUCGGUGUCCGUGGCUUUUCCGAUCACCAUGCUGAUCACCGGCUUCGUGGGAAACGCGCUGGCCAUGCUGCUCGUGUCGCGGAGCUACCGGCGCCGGGAGAGCAAGCGCAAGAAGUCGUUCCUGCUGUGCAUCGGCUGGCUAGCGCUCACCGACCUGGUCGGGCAGCUGCUCACCAGCCCGGUGGUCAUCGUCGUGUACUUGUCCAAGCAGCGCUGGGAGCAGCUCGACCCGUCGGGGCGGCUCUGCACCUUCUUUGGUCUGACCAUGACUGUUUUUGGACUUUCCUCGCUCUUCAUUGCCAGCGCCAUGGCCGUCGAGCGGGCGCUGGCCAUCCGGGCGCCGCACUGGUACGCGAGCCACAUGAAGACGCGCGCCACCCGCGUCGUGCUGCUCGGCGUGUGGCUGGCGGUGCUCGCCUUCGCCCUGUUGCCGGUACUGGGCGUGGGCCAGUACACCAUCCAGUGGCCCGGGACGUGGUGCUUCAUCAGCACCGGGCCAGGGGGCAAUGGGACUGGCUCUCCGCACAACUGGGGCAACCUCUUCUUCGCCUCCACCUUUUCCUUCCUGGGGCUCUUGGCGCUGGCCGUCACCUUUGCCUGCAACCUGGCUACCAUUAAGGCCCUGAUGUCCCGCUGCCGGGCCAAGGCCACGGCUUCUCAGUCCAGUGCCCAGUGGGGCAGGAUCACGACCGAGACAGCGAUUCAGCUCAUGGGGAUCAUGUGCGUGCUGUCGGUCUGCUGGUCACCGCUACUGAUAAUGAUGUUGAAAAUGAUCUUCAAUCAGACAUCAGUUGAGCACUGCAAGACAAACACGGAGAAGCACAAAGAAUGCAACUUCUUCUUAAUAGCUGUUCGUCUGGCUUCACUGAACCAGAUCUUGGAUCCCUGGGUUUAUCUCCUGUUACGAAAGAUCCUUCUUCGAAAGUUUUGCCAGAUCAGGUACCACACAAACAACUAUGCAUCCAGCUCCACCUCCUUACCCCACCAGUGUUCCUCAACCUUGAUGUGGAGCGACCAUUUGGAAAGGUGUACUGUUCUUCCUACAGUGCAGUGGGAUGUAAGAUUUGCUACAAUGAUAUUCCAAUUCAUAAGACAAUGUGAUAUAGUAAUAGAAACAUGGGUUUUAGAAUCAAACUUGGAUUUAAAUCUGGCUGUGCCACUCACAAGCACUGUGACCUUGAGAAAGUUAAUUAGUUGCACUGAAUCUCAGUGAAUUAAUCUAUAAACUGAAGAUAAUAAUACUUAUUAUUGUAAAGUGUAAAGUGAAUGUAACACAAUAGAUAUUCAGAAAGUAUUAACUGAUUAAUACUUUAUUCAGACUUAUCCCCAACUAUAUGUGUCUCAAUUUCAACUAUAAAGUGGCUUCCCGACUGUGUAGGUUUAAAUGUCAUGGACAGAAUUAAAUCCAAAUGCCUGGAUGCUAUUCUUGUUUAUAAAACUGCAUGAUUAUUUUUGCCCAUGCAAAACCUACCCACCUCCCACUUGUUCAAAUCUUACUCUGUCCCUAAGGCCUUGAUCAAUUGAGGAUCUUUGUUCUCUUCUUUUCUUUAUCCCCAACUUAGAAGUUACACAUUAUUUAUUUUGAUUAUUAUAUUAUUUUAAAAAUAUUUUCAUUGUGUAUGUCUUUUACCCUUGUCAAAACUCUAAUUCAUGGUGGAUAGAACCCGUUUCUUAUAUUUUCUUCAUAGAUCUCUUAGCCCUACCAUAGUGUUUGACACCAAGAAAGAUGCUACUUAUUUAGUAAAUUAUCACCAAAGGUAACAUUUAUAUACAAGAUUAUCAGCUGAAAAUUUAAAUGAAUGUGACAGAAAUUAUUUCCUUGUUGUUGUUUAAGAUGGCAAAUUUUAUGUUAAGCUUUUCUGAUUUAAAAAUGUCUAUAUCCAGGCAGAAUAAUCACAUGCAGUUUUGUAUAGUAAUGUUUAUUAAAGCUCUUCUUGUAAGAGUAAUAAUUAAUAAAAUAAUUGAAAUAAUUUUUUAAAUAACCACUAUUUGGCAAAGACAUUUUUUGUAAAAUAAGGAAUGAUCUUAUUCCAAUUAGUUUGAAUUCUAAGGGAGGGAAAGUAUAUGUCAGUAUAAAAUACCUAUGAAACUGUUUUUAAAAACAGACUUUAGUUUUUAAAGCACUUUUAGAUUCACAGCAAAACUGAGUGGAAGAUACAGAGGAUACUUCUCUUUAGAAUCCAUAGAAAUGUAUCCAUUGCAUACUAUCUUCACUUAAAAUAAUAAAUUCUGUUAUAUAUGUAUGUGCUCAAAUAUUCUGGAUCAUGAUUCAGCAACACACUUAGUGAUUUUUGACAAGUACUUUUAUCUUCAUUUUUGUUAUUAUCUUUAGUAAGCACAGAUUCUGAUCAUUAUGUAAUGCUAUUCUAAUGAGGACAAAACUAAACCUCAAAAUAAAAUAAGUUCCUUAGGAACUCUGCCAAAAAAUGUUAUAGGUGGAGAAAUGGUGCUUGAUCCACAGUUUAAUGUUAAUUAUAGUAACUACUGGAAAGCUCUAUGAGAUAAAUAUGCAAAGCAAUAUGUAACAUUAAUAUGUUUUAUAAGUGGGCUGUAUAGACAUGGUUCCUGACUCUCUCUCUAUAUAUAUAUGUAUUUUUAUUAUUUCAUAUACAUAUAUUAUAUGUAAUUUUAGACCUAUGGCUUUUGCAUUGGAAGAAAUGAACUCCUGCCUACUCUAACACCCAAACUCUAACACCAUCCAGUUGCAGCACCAGUGCUUUCGUUCAGCCCUAGUGCAACCUAAUGUGAAAGAAAACAAACAAAUAAACAAACAAAAAACCCAACUGUGCUGUUCCCAAGAGAGGCUGGGGCAGGGUAAUGUGAAGAGGCAUGCCAAGCCAUGCCGAGAUGUUAGAACCAAAGAGAACAGGAAAUAUUAGGUUUAGAAGAUUGGGUUUUCAUCAGAAUUCCAUCCAAAUUCUUACAAGUGGGGAAGAGAAAAGUAGUCAUUAUCUUUCACAUGUACGUGUAUGUGUGUGUAUGUGUCUGUGUCCUACGCUUAUUUACAAAAUAAGUCCACAAAAUAUAUGAAAAUUCAGACAGAGUUGAAUUGGCAUGACUUUUUACUUUCUACAAGAAAAGCUUUUAAAAAUUAAAAAAACAGUGAAACAAAGGCUAUGAGGAAAUGAUAUAAACUAAGAGAUAGUUUUGUUUUUCAACGUCCUCAUUUUUUUAACGGCCUCAAUAGUUAGAAACACAUUUAAAAGAAAUUUGUUCAGAUAAAUGUCAUUAUAUAGGUAUCUUAAAGAUAUGUAUACAAUAUAUCUUGUCAUACUUUUAGUUACUAUGACUACUUAAAUAUUUAAUUUCUGUCUUAAAAUAUUUGUACUCAUAUUUUUUGGUAAUCCAGGAUUUUACUGAAUAUUUUGUUAAUUCAAAAUAUCUCUAGGCUCAUCCUAUGGAUAAAAGUGUUUCUUCAUUUCUCUUUAUUUUCAUUAGCUGAAAUGAUUUUUGCAUACAAAAAUAAUUUGUACAAUAUAUAUUUUUGAGAGCUUUUGUAGUUUUAAAAAAAAAUACUAAACCACAUUGUAAGCUCCUUGUGGGCAGGACCUGUACUUUAUAUAUCUCUUGUAUCUACAGAGCCUAGCACAGUCAGUGCUAAGCACAUAAAAAUUGCCCAAUAAAAACUUGGUGGAUAGCCUAAGUGACCAGACUGCAAUAUAUAUGAGUGAUGCUUAAGACAAUUGGGUGAUGUCACACUAUGGGUAAGGGUGGCAUUUAGUUGGUAGUUGAUUCUCUAUUUACUUUUCCUUUUUGAUAUGUACUAUUUUGGUCAGUCUUCAAAUUUGAGUAGUAUAAGGAAGUCUCUUUCAGACUUCUUAAAGAAAACAAUUAUAAAUACUUUUUGAAUAUGGGAUGGUUGCUAUUAGAAAAAAAAUGAGAGAAAUAUAAGCUUAUGUAUAAAAUAUCUUGUUUUAUAGCCAGCUAUCUAGCUGACUAUUUCUUACCUUGGCAUGUGAGCUGAAUUUUAACUCUACACCUACAGGCAAAUGAAGAUAUUACAGAAGAUAGAUAGCCUGCAAAAUAAAAGGAACAUAAUAUGCAUAUAUGAGGACAUGACAAAAUAUACAUUUUACUAUUACUUUGAGAAAAAGUAUAGUAUUUUCAUAAAUAAGGACAUCAGAGCCUUAGUAAGUGAUAACAGUCUUUAGUUUAAGUCUUAAUGAAAGUUGGUGAUUGCUGAUUAUGGUUUUAAUCAAAGUUUAUUGAUUAACUUAUAACUCAGAUGGCAAAUCUCUUUAAAUGCCAUGGAAUUACAUAAAAAAUACUUAUGGAGCAUUCCUUUGAGAAAAUAAUAAAAUGUAAAAUUGCAGGUACACAUAAAAAUCUGAGAACUUAACUACUAAGCAGAAAUACGAUGGCCCAAGAAGAGUGUAAGAAAAUACACACUAAAAAAAACACAAUGCUAUUAAAAAUACAGCAUAAAAGCAAAGGGUACUAAUAAAAAUGAAAAAUAAAACAGUGGAAUGUAAAUUUGUUAUAAGAGUGGACAAAGUAUAGCUUAGUAGUAGAUGCUCUGUGAAUACUUACUGCAGGGAGAUGCUGCCACUGCUGGUAAACAAUAAGAAAUAGGUUUUCAAGCAAAAUUAGGUAAAUGUCAAACUAGAAAAAUGUGGGUGGAAUGGGGAAAGGGUAGUAAUAUAUUUAUUUAUUUAUUUAUUUAUUUAUUUGCUUCUAUUUUUAUUAUUAUGUAAUAUUUUACAUAUU